CAUGAUUUUAAUUCAGUGGGCGUUUUCAACAGAUGCAACAUGCACAGCAUCUGGAAAAACAUUCCAUUCUGAAAUGCCAGUUUACUUUUCAGGCUCUGCUCCAUCGCCAUGGGCAUCUGCAACAGGAGAUCCACACUCCGCACAAAAAGUUGUUGACAAAUCCACAAUGUCUACUAAACAAAUAUGUUAUGAUGUAACUGGGCAAAUGGGAGAUUAUAUAUAUAUUGCUGGAUAUUCUGACAGUGGAAUAAAGACUAAUCAAUUGAAAUUUGAAAUUGUAAAUGGCCAAAAGAUUAUUUUUACUGAAUUAAAAUCAUCAAUUGCCAUUGCUGUUGAAAAAUCUAACCAUUUUUUAGGGGAAAUGCACCUGGAUGUAAACUUUAGGCUUAUGCCUAAAGAUUACAAUGAAAUGAAUGGACUAAUCGGAGAUAUUGGCAAGAAACAAUUUACAUUCUUCUCACCAGUCCAAAUUGGGGAUGAUAGCCUGAAUAAUGAAAUCGCUUCUGUUCAAGUUGACAACAAUUUCUUAAAAGGAAGUGUUGUACAAAGAAAUAAAAAUUCUUGUUGGUUGCUUGAUGUAAAUGAUAUUCUGAAACCUUUGAAGUUAACUGAUUAUCUAUUCAAAAGAAUUGAUUAA